AUGUCCUCCCGCAAGCUCCUCUCGACUCUCAUCCGUACCUCUCUCCGCCGGACCGUCGCAACGACCAAAACCGCAGUCCCCAGAUCCCCCCUCACGCGCCCCACAGGGUAUCUCCUCUCACGCGUCGCCCACUACUCCACAUCAUCGGCUGUCGCACCAUCUGUGCCUCCCAAACCCGCUACACAGUCUGUGAGUGGCAAAAUCACCGACGAGUUCACCGGAAAGGGGGCCAUCGGCAAGGUCUGUCAAGUCAUCGGGGCCGUCGUCGAUGUUCGGUUCGACGACGGCUUGCCGCCGAUCCUCACAGCUCUCGAGGUCUUGGACAACUCGAUCCGAUUGGUGCUUGAGGUAGCUCAGCAUCUAGGCGAGAACAUGGUCAGAACCAUUGCCAUGGAUGGGACCGAAGGGCUUGUGGCUGUUGGUAGAGCCACCCUUGGCCGAAUUAUGAAUGUUAUUGGGGAGCCCAUCGAUGAGAGGGGUGAAAUAAAAACCGAUCACUUUCUACCCAUCCAUAGAGAAGCUCCAGCUUUUGUUGAGCAGGCAACUGAGCAGCAGAUUCUUGUCACUGGAAUUAAGGUUGUUGAUCUUCUUGCACCUUACCAAAGAGGUGGAAAGAUCGGGCUCUUUGGGGGUGCUGGUGUCGGGAAGACAGUGCUUAUUAUGGAACUCAUCAACAACGUAGCAAAGGCUCAUGGUGGUUUCUCAGUGUUUGCUGGUGUGGGAGAACGCACAAGAGAGGGUAAUGAUCUGUACAGAGAAAUGAUGGAAAGUGGUGUCAUUAAGCUUGGAGAUCAGCAGAGUGAGAGUAAGUGUGCUCUUGUGUAUGGUCAAAUGAAUGAACCCCCUGGUGCCCGUGCUCGUGUUGGGCUCACAGGGCUGACUGUGGCUGAGCAUUUCCGAGAUGCUGAAGGACAGGAUGUGCUUCUCUUCAUUGAUAACAUAUUCCGCUUUACUCAAGCUAACUCAGAAGUGUCUGCUUUGCUUGGUCGUAUCCCAUCUGCUGUCGGCUACCAACCUACCUUAGCUACUGAUCUUGGAGGACUUCAAGAGCGCAUUACUACAACCAAGAAGGGUUCCAUCACCUCUGUUCAAGCUAUUUAUGUACCUGCUGAUGAUUUGACAGAUCCGGCUCCUGCAACCACUUUUGCCCAUCUUGAUGCCACCACUGUGCUGUCGCGACAGAUAUCUGAGCUUGGCAUCUAUCCUGCGGUUGAUCCCUUGGAUUCUACAUCUCGCAUGCUCUCCCCUCAUAUUUUAGGAGAAGAACACUACAACACUGCUCGUGGUGUUCAGAAAGUUCUUCAAGACUAUAAGAAUCUGCAAGAUAUUAUUGCUAUUUUGGGAAUGGAUGAGCUCAGUGAGGACGACAAGUUGACUGUUGCUCGUGCUCGUAAAAUUCAACGGUUCUUGAGCCAGCCGUUCCAUGUUGCAGAAGUGUUCACAGGAGCUCCAGGAAAAUAUGUUGAGUUGAAAGAGAGCAUUACUAGCUUCCAGGGAGUUCUGGAUGGGAAGUAUGAUGAUCUUUCUGAGCAAUCGUUUUACAUGGUUGGUGGAAUUGAAGAAGUCAUUGCCAAGGCAGAGAAGAUUGCUAAGGAUUCUGCUGCUUAA